AUGGCAGUGGGCCUCCUCCAAGCAGCUGGGUUGGCCUUUCUGGCCGAGGUGGGCGAUGCAAGCUUCUUCGUGGCGGUGAUUCUCGCGAUCUUCUGCCCCUGGCGCGGUGUGCGCUCGCUCAAGACCCCCACCGAGUACGUGCUGGUGGUCCUGGGCAGUACGUCCGCGCUGCUGCUCCGAGUUCUGCUGCGGAGCCUGGGCCUUCGGGUCUUUGUGGUCGCAGGCGAGCUGCUGCCGCCCUUGCUCGCUGCCUCGGUUCUUGCUGUGCUCUCCGUCCUGGCGUAUUUGCACUGGGCGGCUGCGCGAGGUGAUCCAGAGCCCGGGGCCGUGUCAGACAGGUCGGGCGCCCCACCGGCUCGGUGCGGUGGCUCUUUCCUUGGCAGCUUCCAGGCCUACAACCCGGCCGCCUAUGUCAAGUCGGAGGCUUUGGAGCAGCAGCCCCUCUUGGCAGGCCUAGUGUGGGAGCAGUCGCGGAUGGCGAAGGCGCCCGGGGUGGCGAGCAUGCUGCUGGCUUUCCUAGUGCCUUUCAGUGUCAUCUUCCUGUUGGAGACGGGCAGCCAAGGCUUCGAGCUGGAAGUUCCCCGCUCGAACCUACCGGGCUCCCUCUGUGGACUCCUGGCAGCUAACGUUCUGGCCGCUUUCGUCGGGUUCACCCUGGAACGACAUGUGGACGAUCAGGUGCUGUUGCUUGUGGCCGCCUUGGGCCUUGGUGCCCUGUGCAUCGGCAGCUUGCAAACAGCGGCGCUAAGGUAUUUGGCCGCCGCCUACGCACCGAAGCUUUCACGCAGCCUCCGAAGCGUGCAGUGA